AAGUCAACGACGUCAACCAUCUACCUUGAUGAUGUGAUUGUUUGGAAGGCACCAGUGCCUACAAAACGGGUUGAGAAAUAUCUAUAAGAAGAAGAGAAUACCCAUCGACUUUUUCAACAUCUCUCCUCUCCACAUCACCAUUCACAACAGCUUCCACCACACAAUCUCAACACCACAAACACCUUUAACUUUCAACCAACCAACCACCCCCAACCAUCAAUAUGACUGACGCUCAGGUUGCCGGAGGCCACAAGGCCAACCUCAAGAACCCCAACACCUCUGAGGAGUCCAAGCAGCACUCGAAGAAGGUCCUCGAGGAGCAGUUUGAUGGCGGCGAUGUCCCCAAGGCUGGCGAGUCCGACGAGGGCAAGAACCCUGGCAACGUUGCUGGUGGUCUCAAGGCUGCCAUCAAGAACCCCAACGUUUCCGACGAGGCCAAGGAGUCUGCCAAGGAGCGUCUCGAGGAGAUGGAGAAAUAGAAGCAGACUACAUUAGUCGCACAGCUUUUUCCGGAGUUCAAAGGAUUAUGGUCACGGCUACUGCCAUUUCAUGCGCGUUCUGCAUUCAGACGUUUUUCAUUGAGGAGCUUUGGGGUUAUGAAGGCUUAGCUUAGCAAACAAUUAAGUAAAACUCGUUUACAAAAAUUGGUGCUGUCGGGGA